UUGAACAACAACCAGUUGAAGAAAUUACCAUCAGGUAUUUUCAGUAACAACACCAAGCUGAGAGCGCUGUAAGUUUGGAGUCUGUCUUAUUUAUGUGAGGAACGCGUUAAAUCCAUCGCGCAUUGAUAAAAAUAACAACAGAUACGAGCAGCGAUGUCUCAGCUCCAUAUGAAAUCAGCUACGAAGCAGGAAUGUUUUAUUUUUGUAAACAUGGAAUUUUUUUACCCUGCACGUACAAUGGAGAAGUGGCGCAGGUCAAAUGCACCCUUUGACUCCACCCUCCUACCCCCUGUGCUACAUCCCUAUCCUCACUUCAGCUGAACACUACAUACCAUCCAUUUACAUAUCUUCUAAUUUUGCUCGCUAUAUAAAUUAUCAGAGAAAAUUUGUGAAGUGUAUUCCGAAUUUAAUGUGUUCUGAAUUUAGUGUUUUCAAAAAGAAUUUCCUUUCUAAUCGUAGUUAUUAUAUUGUAUAAUCUCUUUGUCAAAUAAUGCAAUCCCAAGUUUCGCCUUUUAAAAGUUUACCCAUGAUAAGUUUCUUUGGUCAAAUAGUGGCAUUGCUCGUCGAAAAGAAAAUCUAGUAAACUAGAGAAAGAAAUCUAUACAAUGAAGGAACGUCACACAACGUCGAUCUCCAUGCAACAAAUCGAAACAGAGUCAGGUCAAUAAUCACUGGGACACUCCUUAGUUUACCUAUUACUUUAUCUUUGUGAUAUGAAAGUCAAAAAUACUGGUAGUGACAUUUAUAGUGUUUCACUUGCACAGGGAGGGGCGUCCAAAUGUUAUCAAGUAUUUAGUUUGUUUAUUACGAUUUAGACAUUAGUUCAUAUUCGGUAUGUAGUUACUAUAGGAAUUCGAAGUCCGAAGGUUUAAGCCAUCGCGACGAGUUUCCAAGUUGAACAUGUGUUACUUAAUUUCCAUACGUGAAAACGUAUAGAUUGUCUAAUACCUUGUCAUAGAGCUGUUUCAUACGUAACAAAUAAUUAACUAAAAUAUCUGUAAGUCAAAGAGUAAAGACUCUUCUUUGUAGUUUUAAUCCUACUGACUUUUAAAAAGCAAGACAAGAGGACAUAGCCAGAUAAUUUUAGGGACAGAUAACGACAUUUAUGGCAUCACAAUAAUGACUUUGCUGCCAAAGUCACAGAUUUGUAUCAUUGUUUGAUACAUCAACCUUAAUACACCCGCCAGCCCCUAAUAUAAAAGCCAAGCUUGGAACUUAUCUUAUAUGCAGGAAGUUUGUAGUUUUAAUUACUUGGUGAUUGUUUACCCAAAUGAAAUCUGAUCAAUCAUUAAUGGUUAAUUUAUAGUAAUCCAUUCAAGCACUUCUCGGCCUUGAAGCAUCGAGAUACGAAAGGAAAUGGUGGGUGAGAUGGAUGGGCCACUACAGGCUUAAUUUUGCCUCCCAAAGGAAAGGGCGUCUCGUUGUCUCGUUCAUUCGUGCUUGAUUUUAAAUAUUCUGAUAAGGAUGAGUUCGUUAGUUACGCCGGAAGAUAAACAAAAGACCAUCAAUGCAGCGACAUUACAAAGUCUCAAGCCACUAUGAGACAAAUCAAAGCAACUUUAGGUCACAUAUUAAGUACUUAGGUUGCUUAUUUAUUCUCGCAUCCGAGUUGCACCUUAUUGGGUAAAAAAGUUGUAUCAAUGUGACCGGUUUUUAAGACCCCAUAGGUCAAUAGUGCUAACGGGUGAGACCUACGUACGAAGGGAAGCCCAUGAAAGGUGCCUAUUUUCGAUGGAUGCAUGAGACCUGGAGGGACAACAAGAAAGGUCAGGCACGACAUCAUUUGGGGGCAUGGCAAGUUCUCAGCAUAAUAUAAAGCACCUUUUAAACUGUGUUUGAGCCGAAUUUAAGCUAACUUUAGACAGAGAACUGGUGAGAAAUAAGACAGUGAAAAAUAUGACGUACCGACCAGAUAGCAGCAAUAGCGCAUCAGUUUUAAGCCUCAAACACCACAGCAAAUCUUCACUUCUACCGUUCCAUUUCUAGGCUAGGUCUUCUAGGAGAUCACAUGUAUCGGGACAGAAGCUAUCGACAUCUCCUCUGGUUUUCCUUUUUCCUCCAUGGAAAAAUAGUCUUAGAGAUGUAGACUAAUUACUGGGUAGGCCAGACAAACACAAUUUUCUAGCGCUACACAAAUUUCAGUCAUAAUAGAGCAGGACUGUUGUGGAGUAAAAUUUAUCUAGCUGAAAAAGGAGAGGUUCUAAUUCAAAUGAAAUGAAGUGCCAUUCAUUGGACUUGUGAUAACGAACAAUGGAUUGGAGGCAACAGUCAAAAUGGAGCGAUUAGCAAAUGUAUCGGUGGUUGUUGGACAAAAAGCAAUAUCACGACAAAGCUUUGUCUCUGCUUAAUGACAAGAGUACGUAUGCUGUCUUAAACUCUGAUCCUACCAGUAAAACUCAAAGAAAGUUAAACAAAAUGUUGCUUGAUUUGAAAAAAGGUUGGUAAAAUUAGUGACUCUAGGUACCAAAUGUUAUACAGUAGGGACGGCUUAUGUCCACGUUUUUAUGGCUUACCUAAAAUUCAUAAACCGGGAAUUCCUGUAAGACCCAUUGUCUCUUUUGUUAAUUCUCCGACUUGUGCAAUUUCCGGUUAUCUUGCGAGAAUUUUGUCGCCUGUUGUGGGAAUACUGAUUGCACUGUCAAAAAUUCCUGCGAAUUUGCGGAUUUUAUAGGAGAUAAAACUCUUAACGCUUAUGAAGAAUUAAUAUCUUUCGACGUUGUUUCGCUCUUCACUCAGAGAAGAUGCCUCCCUAGGACCAGGAACUUCUUUGCCUGUGGAGGAUAUUAUUCAUCUGCUGUCUUUUUGCCUCAAAACCACGCAAUUUACAUAUAACGGCACCUACUAUCAACAAGUUUUUGGUACAGCGAUGGGUUCCCCUGUCUCUGCUGUCAUUGCUAACAUGGUAGUGGAAGACGUGGAACAAAGGGCCAUAGCCACUUUAUCGGUUAAACUCUUUUUCUGGAAACGAUAUGUCGAUGAUGUUAUUUCUGCGGUAUCCGGAAACAAGGCGGAGCACCUCCUGUCGCAUUUCAAUUCAGUAGAGCCUUCGAUCCAAUAUACCCUUGAGCGUGAAAAGGAUAGACAUUUGCCCUCUCUUGAUUUAAAUGUGUCCAGAGAGGUUCAGGGUAAUUUAGAGACAGUGCCUACCGUAAACCUACCCACACCGACAAAUACCUCGCUUUCGAUUCUCACCACCCUAUUUGCCAUAAAAAGUCUGUAGCCAAAACUUUACUCAGGAGGGCUGACUGUCUACCAUCUUCACUCGAUUCGAAGGCUGAGGAGAGGAAAUAUGUUUCUAAUGUCCUAAAGGCAAAUGGCUAUACAAAAACCUUUCUCCGUAACUGCAAAAAACCAGUUACAACUAGUAACGCUCUUGAUGAAAGGGAACCAGGGACUGGUUUUGCUGUUAUUCCUUACAUUCAAGGUGGUACCGAACCCAUCGAGAGAAUUUUGAAUAGCCACAACGUUAAAGUUGCUCAAAAACCUUUUCAGACUUUGGGCAUAUUUUCGCCAAACCUAAGGAUCCUGUCACGAAAGAACAACGAACCGACGCCAUUUAUUCUAUUCCAUGCAAUGACUGUGACCACGAAUACAUCGGACAGACCAAACGUCAGUUUGGUACACGUUUAAAAGAGCAUCAAACGCGGUUUUCUUUUGCAAAAAGGAAAAUUCCGCUUUAUCGAAGCACGCAUGCCUAACCAACCAUACAAUUGGGUGGGAUAAUUCUAAAAUUAUCACCACUAAUCGGCGUUACCACCAGCGCCUUUGUUUGGAGGCUUGGCAUAUUAACUCCGCCCACGCUCCUUUAAAUCGUGACGAUGGUGGUUUGCUUCCUGACGCCUAUUUACAUUUGUCAGAAAAAAGACCGCUAAUUAGUGAUCAUAUAAAAGGACCUCUUGUUGCAGUGUCUAGAUCACCCCUGAUGAAGGCACUAGACAGGAGUGUCGAAACGUUGGGUCCAUGAAUUGUAACUUCUUCGGUUACGUUCAUUUUAUCUGCAAACCAGAGUAGCAUCAAACUAUGAGAGCUUACCGCUCUACGCUUGCGAGGUGUCAGUGGAUAAUGAACCAAGUUUCAUUGAAACAUUGGGCAAAAAACGCGAAAAUACUGUAGAACAAAGUGGAAGCACUCGGUUUUGAGUCCAAAAUUGUUAUUUACAUUUUUAUAGAGCUGUUUUAUACGUCCCGAAAGAACAUUAACCCAUCAAAUAGGAUUCUCUGUAAGCUAAAGUUCUGUGUUUUUGAUAACGGAACUCAUGCUGGAGACAAAUUAAACUGCAGCUACGGUUGUUCUUCAUCGGUGUUGGUGAUACAAUGAUGUUCAUUGCGGUUCCAAUGUAAUAAAAUGACACAGUACUUUACAUUUUCAACUCAGUCGAUAACACCAAAUUACCCAUUAAACCUAAGCAUAGCGUUUCGUUUGCGCAUGCUCAAAUGAACAUACGGUAUAGACAAAGCGGAUCAAUGAGUGUACAUGCUUGUAACACACGAGAAAUUUUACGCGCGUAAAGGAUGGGAACGACAAUAUUUACAUAGUAUAACCAUCUAGGCAAAAUUGCGGCAUUUUUUAAAUUCCCAUCCCUUGUUUUCAUUUCGCGGGGAUAAACCCAAACCGAAAUAGACAAGGCUACCGUUUUCAGGAAAGUUUCAGUCAACGUCACUAAAACCUUCUAAAACCUUUAAACCUUCUACGUCACUAAAUAAAAAUAUAUUGCAGUAGCAGGUAUGGAUUUAUCAACCAAAGUAGAGCAUCCUUAAUAUGGCCACAAAGUUCGUAGCACCUAUCGCCUUAAGCCGGCGACGCACCUAGCGAUUUUAUAAGCCGAUCGCAACGAAAUUGAUCGCCACAGAUCACUGCGGACACACUUGGCGAUUUUUUUGCCGAUCACGACAAUGUGGCAUUCAGCCUUCAUCCCAGGUUCCAUCGGGUGACGUUGAAAAAAUGCGCGAACUAAUGUAAACAAACCAAAUGGCGACAGCGAAGCGAAAAAAAUUGUUGGCUGCUGCCAUAAUUUUGCAACCAAAGCGCUCCAGGAAGCGUUCUUUAAAGUGGGACAAUGGAAAAAUAUAGUCAAAGACAUGGAUUUACUGAAACGCAGAGUCUUUCUUGAGACAAUUACCGCAGUCACUCGACGUUACACCAAAUAAGCAUGGUUUUUCUGACCGCAGUGUGAUCAAACUGACUUCUUUUCUUCGGUUCAGAAACAAUUUUCGAUGCCUUCCGCCAUUUUGAAAAAUCAUGUGAUAAUAUUGCCCAACUUUAUUGGUUAAUUUUACUGCCGACUCGCAGAGGAAAGGCGAGAAAAUCGCGGGAACGGGCAGACUUGGCGAAUGCCGACGAAUUUAAUCGCCGAUAUCUGACAUGCCAGAUAUACGCCGAUCGCGGGGAUUGGCGAAAAUCGUAAUCGCUGCAAAAGGCACACCUGGCCAUUUUCGCCGAUCGCCGUGAUCGGCGUAUAAAGUCGCUAGGUGUGUCACCGGCUUUAGCGCUUCUUUACGUCAUCGCCCCCUCGGUGGCCAGACCCCUGGCGAAAAAGUUUGUUGUCUUGGUGGAAAACCAGCCUAAGCUUUGUUUGCAAAGGAAUAAGAAUGGUAGCCCUAAACACUCAAAAGGCACGAGUAAUGAAGCAUACGUAGUACUUUUGUCGCUUUGUCUUAUGGGCAUAAAUUCCAAUAAAACUGUUGAGACAUUCUGUGUUAUUAUUUUAAAUUUUCCCACUCUUUAAAACGUAGCAUUAGCACAAAGAGUUUGCUAGCGGGUGUGUUCCAGGACCUCAGGUAGAACAUGAAAAAAUAUUUUUUCUCUUGUAUUUUUUGCCCAUAACUAUCAAACGUAACCUAAACAAAAUAACGAAGGUGGGCCAAGGGUUAAGAGAGUGUCUCUGUAAGAGCGGUCCGGUCGAUUUUGCUUGAGACACGGAUUUCACUCAUUUCUUGUGUGUUGUAAGACAUUCAUGUACCUAUACUAAAACCACAAUCCGUUUGAUCGGAUUGAAAGGAUUCAGUUGUUUUUAGUGCUUAACAAAAAGAAACCAAGAAGUCUCAACUAGUUUUGAGCCAGAUUAUAAUUCAUAAUGCUACCCUUGGUCUCCUUCUCUAUAACUGAAAAGAAGACAUCGGUUCUUGGACAUGUGACUUUGUUAGGAGAUCAGAAAAUUAAGAAAAAUUCGACAUUUCCAACACCCGACACCCCCUUUCUAUUACUUUUGGUAGGUUGUUGGACAGCAACCAGUUGAAGAAAUUACCAUCAGGCAUUUUCAGUAGCAACACCGAGCUUAAAUUUAUGUAA